UAAAGCUCACAUCACAGAAAGGAAACUUCAAUGGCUACUACCUUUCAACAUUUGCUCCUUCCACCUUCUCCUUCGCUAAAUAAGGUCACUUCUUCUCCUACUAUUUCAUGGAUUUCCUGCAAAACCAGUUCGGAUUCGAUGCCUUCUUUGGACAUCAAUUCACUCUCAAAGCGGCAGAGAGGAGAAGUUCUAGUCUCGGUUGCAUUUAAUCCAUCUGGGAAUUAUGACCUCUCUUUGUUUGAUGAUGAAGAUGAUUCACCAAAAGUUGAACCUCCAUUGCCACCAACUGAAGGGAGAUUUGAAAUAGUUAUCAAUAACAACAUAAUUAGCCGGCUUGACUUGUCUCCAUUCCAAACUGUAACCGGAAUUACCUCUCCUUCAUCAGUCGAUCCAAAAGAGUUUCUUGAGCGAACAAUUGGCUUCACCAUAAAUUACAUCAGGGAAGAUCCAAAUGAUAUUCGAGAACUCUCCGAAAUCCCCGACAUAAGACUCUGGUUUUUGAGGCUUGAUGCUGCUUAUCCUUGGCUGCCCGUCGUGUUGGACUGGCGGGCAGGAGAGCUUGCUCGAUAUGCUGCCAUGUUGGUUCCUCACCAGAUGAGCAUGAAAAUGGGUGUUGUGUUCAAUCCAGAGGCACUGGAAUUGUUCAUCUUGCAUAAAGUCUUCAUUGUGUAUUCAUGGUUAAAGGAACAUGAAAUUCCAAGGCCUAGACUGAAGACCGGUGACAUGGCUAGGAUGCUCGGAUUUGGAAUUGGUGAUGAGCUUUUUGACUUGAUUGACAAACACCAAGUUUCUACAUCGUAAACCAAAAAGACUAAAGAUCCCACAUUUUUUCCACAAGAUUUUCAAGAUCAAGAAUUAUGUUCAGUAAUUCCCCUUGACUUGUGUUAAUCAGUACUGCAAGAAGAAGGAGCUGCACAAAACCCCUAGAUGAAGAGGAGAGGAGUAAUCAGUGUCAAAAAGGAGCUGAAUCCACAACAAAGACUUAAUAGACCAAGAAGAGCUCAAUUUCUUCUGUAAUUAGAAAGAGCAUAGUAUUUUGCUUUUUUUUUUUUUUUUGGAACUUCAACUAUUUAUGGGGGACCUCUAGAUUUGAUACAAUGUUAUCUGUGGCUUCCAUUACAAACAGAAAUAACGAAAAAAAGAGGUCAAAAUUCUAAGUGUUACAAAGGGUCUGUUGUGUAUAAGCCAGUAGACUUGCAAAGGGUCUGUUGUAAUGUAUUUUUCAAUUCUUCACCUAGAAACUUCUAGAGAUGCAAAGUGGGCAUCCUACUUUUGCAUUCCAAGAUGUAAUUUAUCAAAGAAAAAGAAAAGCGCAUAAUCAAUAAUUUGUAA